UGGCAAGAAUAUGGUAAAAUCCAGAGGAAGCAAGAAGAAACAUCCUUCUCAUGAAUCAACUCUUCCAUGAAAUCCCAACAUCGAUAUACAUAUACCUCUAUACGUAUGUGUAUAUACACAGAGCGCGAGAUUAAAUAGCCAGAGAAUGACAAAUCACAACCAGAAAUGCAUGCCAAAACGUAUAAUACUCGUGCGCCACGGCGAGAGCCAAGGAAACCUCGACGGAAGAGCUUACACGAACACACCGGACUACAAGAUUCCCCUAACAGAAUUAGGUAUUCAUCAGUCUAAACUAGCCGGAGAGAAGAUCCGACGUGUCAUCUCCGACGACGAUCGGCGGUUUAACUGGAAGGUGUACUUUUACGUGUCGCCGUAUGAGAGGACUCGGGCGACGUUACGGGAGAUCGGACGGUCGUUUAGUAAAGAUAGUGUAAUUGGGGCCAGAGAGGAGGUUAGGGUUAGAGAACAGGAUUUUGGGAAUUUUCAGGAGUCGGAGAGGAUGAAGAGGAUUAAAGAGACUAGGGAGAGGUAUGGGAGGUUUUUCUAUCGGUUUCCUGAAGGUGAAUCGGCUGCUGAUGUUUUCGAUCGCGUUUCGAGUUUCCUUGAAUCCUUGUGGAGAGAUAUAGACAUGAACCGGCUUCACCAUAACCCCUCUGAUGAUUUGAACCUUGUAAUUGUAUCGCAUGGGCUAGCUUCACGAGUUUUUCUUAUGAAGUGGUUUAAGUGGACAGUUGAGCAAUUCGAGGACCUAAACAAUCUAGGAAAUGCUGAGUUUCGAGUGAUGCAAUUAGGACGCGGUGGAGAUUACAGUCUUUCCAUUCAUCACAGCAAGGAAGAAAUGGCUGGAUGGGGACUUUCAUCUGAAAUGAUAGCCGAUCAACAAUUCCGAGCUCAAGCUUGUAGGGGUUGUUGGAACGACAAAUGUUCCUGGUACUACGAUUCUUUUUUUGACAAUCUAGUUAGGGAAACCGCAGGAGACCUUGGUGAGAACAAGGCAGAAAUAAGAUUAGAGGAAGUGCUAGAGUUUAGACCAGAUGAGGAAGAUCUUGAAGAUGAGGAGGAACCUGGAGAUGAGGAGGAACCUAGAGAAACCAAACCAAAUGAGGAAAUUCCUCAGACUCCCACUGCUGAGUCCAUCCAAAACAUCUGGAAUCGUCUAAAACAAUUUUCGUUAUCUAUGACAAAGAGAGAAAAUCCGUGAAGAGAGGAGCUCGAUCCUUCCUAACCUUCCCCACCCAAAUUUGAUAAUGAAGGAGGGGACACUUGAAAAACUAUGCGACAGCUUGGUCUUCGAAGAUAUGGCACUAGAAGCGGUAAUUAGAUAACAACAGAGGAAGAGUUAUAAAUCUUUGUGUAGGAUAUCAGACUUCAUAGCAUUGCAAGUAACUGUAAUGAGUUAGCUUUAUAGCUUUAGGUAACAUAUUCAUUAAUUGUACAUGUAGGUGUUACUUGCUCACAAGUUUUUCCUUAUCUGACAGAAGGUUUCAGGAUUUUGGUUUUGUACUAGUCA